GCAAUGAAUGAUUCAAGCUUUCGUGCUGCAAAUGGUAUUUACCUAUCAUGCUCAUGAUAUAACAGAAGGGUUUUCAAUGCUCUAAAAGCCAAAUGCAAGUGUUUACCAAUUGUGCUGAAAUGCUGUAUCGCUUAUAAAUGCUUAUGCUGGUCAUAAUAUGCAUUUAAUAAAAUAUUUCUACUAUGGAACUCAAAUCAAAGUGCAUUGAGUAAUUUCGAAAAAUAUAUAUUUGGUGCUUUCAAGUUUUAGUAGUAUGAAGGCUAGUAGGCCUAUGAAAUAUAAGAAGCAAAAUGAUUAUCAAAUUUCCUUAUAGAAAACUGUUAGGAAAGAUAUGGAAUAGGUACGUGGCUUAAUCAAAUAUGUGUUUUCCCAUGAAAUGACUCAAUUAAGAUUUCCAUGGUUCAUAUGUAAAUUACGGCGUGCUAUUGAAGGGAAGCUACAUACAAAUUAAUAUUAAUGAUGCGGAAAAUCAUAAAAGUGAAGUGCAGGCUCGGUGCCAUUUAGAUGAAUCGUCAUCGGAAGUGCCCCAUUACGUGACACUUUACAGCCAUGCAGUCUCUUAAAAUGACUCCAUCCCCAUCUAGAGGAAAUAUCACGAACGCUGUUUGACGACAGAAAUACACUAUUUCAGCUUAAAAUUUUCAUCGGGUCAUCGUUCAUCUCCUAAACCAACCGGAUCUUUACGAACAGACAUUUAAUGUCCCCGGUCUCAAUAUAAAACAGUGGGGUCCCCCCUCGAUUUUCUCCUUCGACAUUUUUUUUUUUUUACACAACGCCCACACUUCCGGACCGUCCAGUGUGAGCAGCUGGAUCGCAACGCAUCCGACGCCUAGCGUUCGUAGAGACGAGGAUGAAGCGAUGUCCCUGAUGCAACAACGAUGUCUGUCAGCCGUUAAUCGCUAGAUUGUUCAUUUCACACGGCCAUUCAUCGAACCAUCUCGCGUUUUUUCCCCUUCCCCAUCAUAGGUGCUGAUUUGUUUUCUUCCUCACAAGGAAUUUGGGCUUCAGCCUUCUUCUGUUUGUCUUCGUCAACUGUUGCAUAUUUCCACUUUAAAUGAAUCUCGUAAGGUUUAUGAACAAUCCGGUUCCAUCCAACAAACGAUACCAGCCCACGGAGUACGAGCAUGCAGCUAACUGUGCCACGCACGCGCUGUGGAUAAUCCCCAGUCUGCUGGGCAGCUCCAUGCUGCACUUCCGCUCCGAUGACCAAUGGGAGCGUGUGUCGGCCUGGCUCUAUGGGGCGGGGCUUAGCUCACUCUUCAUCAUCUCCACCCUCUUCCACACUGUGGCCUGGAAGAAGAGCCACCUGCGGUCCGUGGAGCACUGCUUCCAUAUGUGUGACAGGAUGGUGAUCUACUUCUUCAUCGCUGCCUCCUAUGCUCCCUGGCUGAACCUCCGGGAGCUGGGUCCGUGGGCGUCCCACAUGCGCUGGUUGGUCUGGGUCAUGGCGUCCAUCGGGACCACCUACGUCUUCUUCUUCCAUGAGAGAUAUAAGAUCAUGGAGUUGAUCUGUUAUUCAGUGAUGGGCGUCUUCCCUGCUUUGGUGAUUCUCUCAAUGCCUGAGCAGGCUGGCCUGUAUGAGCUGCUGAUCGGCGGCGCCUUCUACUGCCUGGGAAUGGUCUUCUUCAAGAGCGACGGCGUCGUCCCGUUUGCCCAUGCCAUCUGGCACCUGUUCGUUGCCAUGGGAGCAGCCGUCCACUACUACGCCAUCUGGAAAUACCUCUACGCCCAGCAGGCCAAUCAGGUGCAGACGUCCAGGUGACAUCAGCUCUGACCUCAUCGGAGUCGGGAAACGGCUCCUGUCAUUGAGGGAAAUCACAGGACACUACGAGGAGAACACUUCUAAGGCUCUCGCUGAAGACGCUUUGGUCCAGACGUUUCAGUUUCGUAAAAGGUUCAGUUGAAUGAGUUGAUAGCACACGAGAGUAGCGCUGCCUGACUCACUGUCAUUAUUGCGUUACCCUGCAUUGAGGUGUUCUCCUCGUCGGUGUAAAUAUUGGUUUGGUUCUAUUUAGAAAUACAUAUUUAUGGUAUCAAACAAGACCAGAGCCCUAGAAUGCGUGCUAUUCGUUUGGUAUGUUAUGAUUUAGUAUGGGCAUUUUUGUCAGUGAGUAACUGUUAUGAUUACCCUAAUCAAGCACUACACUAGAAUGUAUUUUUUUUUUUAUAACCGGCAUAUAGAUAUUCACAACUAUAUUUUAGUUUUAGUGUAAGAGUAUUGGGAUCAACUCACAACACAUGUUACUAAAUAGCAUUGCUAUAGAUUUUCUUAAUUCGUUUUACUAUACAGUUUUGCACCGCGUUACUAGUUUGAGAUGAAAUCCACCAUGUCGGGUGAAUUGGGGUUUAACCUCAACAAGGGGGAGGAACCACUGAAUCACCAUAGAAACACACUGCCAGGAAGCUGAAUUCAUAGCACACUACUGCUCUAAUGCUAUGUACUUCACACUUAAAAAAAAGGAAACCGAAGCUAUAGUAUUGUUGAACAAUCUGGCCCAAUAGUACGGCAUCUCAGGUGUGUGUGCGUGCGCGUGUGUUUGUGUGUGUGUGCGCGUCUGUCUGGCAUGCACGCGUAUACCGCGUCUAUUGGGGGGGUACUCUUGAUUCCCCUGAACCCAAAGCCUCAAAUCGGCUGAGUCAAUGUUUACACUCUUAACACGUAUACCUUGAACGCACCGCGCACGAUGAGGAUAGUGUAAGAAUCAUAACACCCACCCCUUGUAUCUACUCCACAUGUGAUAGCACAUGGAACACGGGACACGCCUGACGGCAAGGCAGUGUUGAGGAGCGAUCACACAGAACACCUUUGCAGGCUGUAAAACAUGAAAGCCUUUUUUUUGCAGAGCAGCCCCUUUUUUGCUGUUGCAAAUCCACCAUAGAACAUCUCCAUGUAACCUUUAAUUCCGUUGGCCACUUUGUUCCUGAGUGGCCUCUGUGCCAGUCACUCACACAAGGCACUCACCGCAGAAAAAAGCAAGGCCCUCAGCGACGCAACAGAAGCUAGCGAAACACUCGGUUUCCAUGGAUAACAAUAGCAAGAUGGACGCCACCAGCCCCAGCUGCUCAAAAAGUAUUCAGUGUGAUCGGGGCCUGACAGAGAGUUAGUUAACAGUGGUAGCUCACUGCUCUAGCGUGACUAACCAGGAAGAAUGUACUAGCAAGUACUAGGUUGGCUAUUACAGCUGGGUCAUAUUGUACAGCACCUAUGUAUUGUCAGAAGGCAUUAGAAAUGUCCUUUUAAUGCCUCACUUGUUCCUUUUGUCUUUAUUUUGUUAUUCUAUAAGGUUCUAUUGUGAAACUAUGAUGAGUCUGUCUGCUUUUAGUCUACAGUGAACUUUGUGUUGGAACAAAAAAAAAUGUUUUUAUGAUAUUAACAUUAUAAGAAAGCUUAUUGAGGUUUUUUUUUUUAUUCUGGAUUCAAAUGUAAAGGCUUGCAUUAAUACAUGCUGGUCUACAUGUGUAUUGACAGCUAAGAAGCUUUGAUAUGUUGUUGUUUUUUGCACAUAUCUCAACAUUGUGUAUUGAGUAUGUAAUGGAUUGAGCGAUCAAUUUCCCCGAUGCCCAGCCCUCUUGUCCCGGCCCCCCUUUCCCUCCUGCUGCUUCACUGCCUCUGAACACACCCAGACAACAAGAGACUCGAACUCAAUCAUUCCAGUUAACUGUUUCAUGACCAAAUACUAUGUGUACUUUUUGAAAAACAAAAAAACAAAAAAAAGUAAACACCGUUUUUAUUUGUUGUUUAAAAUAACUCUAAUCAUGGCAAAUGUAUCCGUUUUUUGUAAGUACUGUACAGAAGUUUUAGUAUUUAUCAAUAGUAUUAAAAUAAUAUUAAAUAGUGUACCACGCCUGCAUUGUACGAAAGCUGGCUUUUUUCGUUUUGUCCCUUGUUUAUUAUAUUAAGACACGGGCAAAACUCAUUGGAGAAAGACUCACUACAUUGCAAUGCUGACAUACUGACAUAUUUUAAUGGACGUUCCAUUGCUUCUUUUCAACUGCCAGAAGUUUAAAACGAUCCUUUGGUUCCAGUCAGUGUGGUGAGAUGAUGGAGUCCUCUAUAAGUGCUGAUACUGUACUCGAUAGGAAGGUUAAAGGUUUGUGCAGGGAUAAUGUACUCCUGGACCCUAGAAUGCAGAGGCCACUCCUUCUGAAUGGAUUUCUGCUCUAAUGGGGCCACGAUGUCUAUCUUAUGACGUGAGGGCCCUACAUCUCUGGUGAUCUAAGCCCUUUAUGAAGCCUUUGUGAACAUGGCUAUCAUCAUAAUUAUUUGUAUCUUCAUUAUUAUUAUAAUUAUAGUUAUUACUACGAUGCACAGUAUUUCUUGAUGCUCUAUGAUGCUGGAGUCUGCUGCUUCUUGUGGUCUUAGUGCUGCUGGUGAUUAUUUGGGCCAUAGGAUGCUGUCUCGGUUCUGCUUAGACACAAAUUAUAUUAACCGCCACUCCCUCGCUCUCUCCCUCUGUCUGUCCUCUGUCUCUCUCGCUCUUGCUCUUGCUCUCACUCGCGCUCUCUCUUGCUCUCUCUUGAUGCCACUCGUCUGGCCGAUGUUUGUCAGGCUGGUCAAUA